GUGGCACCACAACAAACCUUAAAUGCUCUUUUGUGGCUGUCAAGAAGGGCUUGCGAGACUCGAGCAACAAUUUUCAUGUGUGUAACAGAUGUUAAUGUGAAGUGAUGCGUGGGCAGCUGUAUGCAGUAGUGUCUGGGCUCUUUGCAGCCCUUGCAAGUUUGUGUGGAAAAUAUGCAAUGGCCAGUUCUGAGGCUCAAGAUCUAUGUGAAGCUACACUUAUGGCUUUUAACUAUGAAGAGGAUGUUACAAAAAAAAUAGAUUUGCUCUGUGAUCAGUAUGCAGUUGUGUUGCGUGUCUUGUUCUUUGGCCUCAUGGUUGGGGUGAAUUGCAUUAUGUGGACAACAUUUACAAAAGCUCUUCGCUUUUCAUCAACUUCCCUAGAGGCUACUAUUACUAACACUGCUGCAAACUUCUUCUUUACGGCUAUUCUUGGACAGGUCUUGUUUGGAGAAGUUGUCAGAAGUUUAUGGUGGAUGGGUACAGUUCUUAUCAUUAGUGGACUCCUCCUUAUGCAUCAUGCAAGCAAUAUUCCACCUCGAAAGCCAGGAACAAGACCUAAGACACAUUAGGUUUUUAUGUUUGUCAUUUGUAAGUGUAAUGUAAAAAAAAUAGUUAACUUGAAGUAAUGCUUGCAGUGAUAGGUUUAUUGGCUAUUUUGGAUAGCCAAUAAAACAUUCUGCUUUGCCUUCACUGCAUUAUAACCAUAUGAUUUUGUUGUCAUUGGCAGUCCUCUUAGGUGGCUAUAAAUAUCAUAAUUGUUCACAUUAUCAUGCUAUUAAGAGUGUAGUAAAUAUUAUAGAGUAUGCAUUUUAUUAUUAAAGUGAUUAAAAGACUGUAGUAACUUUCCAGUACUAAUGGUAAUAUUAGUAUCAAGUUUACUAUUACACACCAGAAAUGCAUUUGAUGGGAUUAAGUUUUAAAAUAAAAUAAAGGAUUAGAAGAAAUCAACAAUUGGCAUUAUCUGUAGGCAUUUGCAUGUAAAACAUGAGGGGACUGUUACAGAUUUGCUGGUAAUAUACCAGUACAUUUAAGUGUACUAUAAGUAUACUAAAUGUUCAUUUUACCAAUUGAAUUGAUGGUACCAAAUUGAUUUUAUAAUAUUUCUUUUAGUUUUACUUUCAUUUUAUUUUAUUUGUUCAUAUCAGUACAUUCCUGCUUUAUCAUUCCAUGAUUUUAUUCUUUGACAAUCAUAAUGUGCAUUCAAAUUUAUGCAAGAAUUGUAAUGUAUGAUCCUGUGUCAGACUCUCUGUAGAAACAUUUUUAUUGGGUAUGGUAGCAUUGUAUUUAUACGAUUAAUUUCUUCAUGCCAUUCGCAAUGUCAUUAGAAAAUUAUGCAAAGCACAUAACACACACACACACACACACACACACACACACACACACACACACACACACACACACACACACACACACACACACACACACACACACACACACACACACACACACCAUGUGAAAACUCAUAUGCACAUAAAUACACAACUGUAUGCAAAAUAGUUUAGUAAAGAUGUUAAAUCAAGUGAGGUUCAAGAAAACUUUAACAAGAGUCUGUCAUAUGAAUAGUCUCUUCUGACAAGGAGUGUUCAGAAUACUAGUAAAAUAUUUUACAAGUGGAAAGCCACAUUAAAAUUAUGCAUGUCUGGAUAUUUUUAUUAUGCAACACAUGGGAGACUUGUUUUAUUUUAUUAUUAUUUUUUUUCUAUGGUUUUAGUCUUUUAUCAUUAUAUCACUCAUGCUGUAGAGAUGUCAUAUUUGCUACAAAGCCAGUUAAAAGAUAGAAACUUGGCAGUAUUAAUGAUUUGUCUACCGGGGAAUGAAUAAAUUGAACACACUCAGUUCAUAGAUUACAUAAGCAAUUUAUUUUUGUUUUUUGUUUACUGGUUAUACAUUGUAUUUUCAAGUACUGUUCAUUCAGAGGAUAAUGCAUUUGCAAUAUACUAGCUUCUAUGAUCAAAGAAUACAUAACUAUACGAAGUCUAAGUGUGGCUUGCAAUAUUAGGAAAUAUCACAAACCAAGCAUGAUAUUGCAUGAUAUAUCAAGAAUUAAUCUGAAGCUGCUGGGGAUGGCAUGUAUGUAGAUACUAUGUCCACUGUGAGUUUAAUUUAUUAAUUGUUUUUACACAUAGAUGGCUUCACAAGUACUAAGUCACCAAUGAGCCAGUUUCGAGUACUACAUGUCUACCUGUUAUUAUAAAAAUAACAGCAUCAAUAUUGAUAGCACUAGUAAAAAAAAAAAAAAAAAAAAAAAAA